AUGCCAUCGACCACAAACGGCAACGUGCCCCAUGCGUCUGCUUUGGCAAAAUCGCCCUCGGAGGGAGCUCUGGUAGUUGCAACUAAGCGAUGCGUGCGAUGGACGGAAGAUUUGAUGUGUCCGUGCCCCCUACCACAAAGCGAGCGUCGUACAGGAUGGUUCAACCGCCGCGGAGACCAGCUGUGGACUAACGCUGGGAGGUUUAAGCCCCCCGAAGCUGGCAUGGAAUACCCCCCAGAUCUCAUCGGAUACCCUGAGCCACACACCGGGUGGAUGAACGAGGAGGGCGUGCGCAUCGACAUGGAGCAUCGAUUGAUACCCAAGCCACCCAUUCGCUCAGCAUUGAAGCGUCCUAAGACAAACCUAGAAUCCCAGCCGGUGAUGCAAUAA